CCCCCUCCUGCCCAGCCGCGCGCUUGCGGACAGUCGGCGCGCGAGCCGGGCAGGGCCGGCGCCUCGUCAGCCUUCUUCGCCGCGUAGCCCCGGGCCCCAGGGGAUGCCCCCGGCCGGGUCCCCCCAUGGCCGCCGAAGUCUUCCUGUGCUCCCCGCGCCGGCCUCACAGCCGGGGCCGUGCGGUGCUGCUCAAGCCCCAGGUGCCGGAGGACGACGACGACUCGGACACAGAUGAGCCGUCCCCACCGCCCGCCUCCGGCGCGGCCACUCUGGCCCGGGGCCACGCGAGCGCCGGGCCACCGCAGCCCAGGGCCGGGUCGGGCCGCGAGGAGCCUCCGCGCCGGCAGCAAAUCAUCCACAGCGGCCACUUCAUGGUGUCGUCGCCGCAUCGAGAGCACCCGCCCAAGAAGGGCUAUGAUUUCGACACGGUCAACAAGCAGACGUGCCAGACCUACAGCUUCGGCAAGACCAGCUCCUGCCACCUGUCCAUCGACGCCUCACUCACCAAGCUCUUUGAGUGCAUGACCCUGGCCUACAGUGGCAAGUUGGUGUCUCCAAAGUGGAAGAAUUUCAAGGGCCUGAAGCUCCAGUGGAGAGACAAGAUCCGGCUCAACAACGCCAUCUGGCGGGCAUGGUACAUGCAGUAUUUGGAAAAGCGCAAGAAUCCCGUGUGUCACUUUGUCACUCCGCUGGAUGGCUCUGUGGAAGUGGAUGAGCACCGCCGGCCAGAGGCUAUCACCACCGAGGGGAAGUACUGGAAGAGCCGCAUUGAGAUCGUGAUCCGAGAGUAUCACAAGUGGAGAACCUACUUCAAGAAAAGGCUCCAGCAGCACAAGGAUGAGGACCUCUCCAGCCUGGCCCAAGACGAUGACAUGCUGUAUUGGCAUAAGCAUGGGGAUGGCUGGAAGACCCCUGUCCCCAUGGAGGAGGACACACUGCUGGACACGGACAUGCUCAUGUCGGAAUUCAGCGACACCCUCUUCUCCACGCUUUCCUCCCACCCGCCUGUGGCUUGGCCCAACCCACGUGAAAUAGCACAUCUGGGAAAUGCAGACAUGAUUCAGCCGGGGCUGAUGCCCUUGCAACCCAACCUGGACUUCAUGGACACUUUUGAGCCUUUCCAGGACCUCUUCUCUUCCAGCCGCUCCAUUUUUGGCUCCAUGCUGCCUGCACCCGCCUCAGCAGCUGCGCCAGACCCCAACAGCCCGCCUGCUCAGGAGAGCAUCCUGCCAACCACUGCUCUCCCCACCUCCAGCCUCCCCGACAGCUUCAUCGCACCCCCUGUGGUCACUGCCCUGGACCCCACAAAUGGGCAGGGCUGUGAACACACCUCCCAGCCUGGGGACCCUUUUGUCCAGCCUGCAGAAUUGGGUCCCUCUGCACCACCACUGACUGUCCCCCAGUCUUUCCUCCCCGUGUUUACCAUGCCGUUGCUCUCGCCCAGCCCUGCCCCGGCACCCGUGUCUCCUGCCUUGCACUUAGGUCCUCCUCCUGCCACUGCCCUGAGUCCCCCAACUCCACCCGCCUUCCUGCAGCCACAGAAGUUUGCCGAAGUCAGCAAAUCACCCUCUGUCAUCACCCAUACGGCCUCCGCCACCCUCACCCAUGAUGCCUCUGCCACCACCUUCAGCCAGAGCCAGGGACUCAUUAUCACAACCCGCUAUCCCACCCCCUCCAUGUCCGCCUGUGGCCUGGCGCUGUCUCCAGUCACCCGGCCCAUGACUGUCGGGCCUCCCCAACCUCGUUUAACUUUUGUGCACCCCAAGCCUGUAUCCUUGCCUGGGGUGAGGCACAAGCAGCCCCCCAAAAUAGUGCCUGCUCCCAAACCAGAGCCUGUGUCCUUGGUAUUGAAGAAUGCUCGCAUCGCCCCAGCUGCCUUUUCAGGACCGCCACAAGCAGUGAUCAUGACAUCAGGCCCUCUGAAGAGAGAAGGGAUGCUGGCUUCCACCGUGUCUCAGUCCAACAUGGUCAUCACGCCUGCUGCCAUUACCAGGGCUCCUGGAGUCACAGAGUUCCAUAGCAGCAUCCUGGUGACAGACCUUGGUCACAGCACGGGCAGCCAGCCUGCCCCCGUCUCACGGCUCUUCUCUCCAAGCACAGUGCCAGACUCCCUGGUGAAGGGCGAGCAGGCUCCGCUGCACGGGGGUGCGCCCUCGGUCCCUGCCACGGGCCCAAGUGAGUCUUCUCUUCGGUUGGAUCGGUCGGGAUUGCGUCGAGACUGCCCGAACUCAGGGCAGGCCUCUCCGUGUGCUUCAGAACAGAGCCCCAGCCCUCAGUCUCCCCAGAACAACUGCUCAGGGAAAUCUACUGCAGACCUCAAAAAUGUGGCUGCUUUAAAGAACCGGCAGAUGAAGCACAUUUCAGCUGAGCAGAAGAGACGCUUCAACAUCAAGAUGGGCUUUGACACCCUGAACAGUUUGAUCUCUAAUAACACCAAGCUGACCAGCCACGCCAUCACGCUGCAGAAGACCGUGGAGUACAUCACCAAGCUGCAGCAGGAGCGCAGCCAGAUGCAGGAGGAGGCCCGGCGACUUCGAGAGGAAAUCGAGGAGCUCAACGCCACCAUCCUCUCCUGUCAGCAGCUGCUCCCUGCCACAGGCGUCCCCGUCACCCGACGCCAGUUUGAUCACAUGAGAGACAUGUUUGAUGAAUAUGUGAAAAGCCGGACCCUGCAGAAUUGGAAGUUCUGGAUUUUCAGCGUCAUCAUCAAGCCACUCUUUGAGUCCUUCAAGGGUGUGGUGUCCACCAGCAGCCUGGAGGAGCUGCACCGGACGGCACUGUCCUGGCUGGACGAGCACUGCUCCCUGCCCGUCCUCAGGCCGACUGUGCUGAACACCCUCCGGCACCUGAGCACCACCACAUCCAUCCUGACCAACCCGUCCCAGCUGCCUGAGCAGGCCGCAGAGGCCGUCACCAGAAUUGGCAAGAGACCUGGGGAGUCUUAGCAGCACUUCGUGGCUACGCGGUGACAGGAGAUGCCGUGGAGACCCUUUCCUGCCUGCGGAGAGGAGGCCGCGCCCACACCUCUCCUGACCCAGAUCCUCAGGGCCUCCCUCCAACCUCGGCCACCAGGCUGCACAGGACACCAUGCUCAGGUCUGAAGCAGGUUCAGGUCCUGCCAACAGCAAUAGCCCAGCUUUGGGAACCCCUUGCUGUGAACUCUGACUCAGCGACCUCAGUACCGACCUCCUUUCCCCUCGGAGUGGCCCAGACAAAGGGCAGCACCGCUGUUUCUGUCCUGUCCUGUCCUGCUGGUGGGGUGUUGGGGCCACAGGUCCAGUGCAGAGAGCAGAGGGGGCAAGCAGAGGUGACAUUCCCAGAAUCAGGUCAUGUGAAGGUCCUUCCUGGCUCCUGUCUGAGGAUUUAGAGACACUCUCUCCUGGCAUGGCUCGGCCUGCCCCUGCCUGUGGGGCGGUUGGAAGGCAUCCUUCCUCCCCUGACUCUGACCUUGUAAACAGAUUGGACAUAGGUUCAGGCUUCGCAAGGUUGGCUGCAGGGAGACCUGCAACACGUGUGCAGAGCCAUGGGUGUGUGUCCCCGAGGAUGGGGGACAGAACAUCGCAGAGCUGCUGCUGGCCUGGAGAGCCUCUCGGCGGUGCUGCAUCUGUUCUGAUUUGGUUUCACUUGGCAUUGCAGCAUCCGCAGCAGUGCUGACCUGAGGGUCGAGUGGUGGGGGCUCAGCCAGGGCCUGCUCCCUCCUUCUCCACCUGCCUCCAAGCUGCAGCUGGGUGAAUGUCUGGGCUUGAUGGUUGCUGCUAGCCCUUCGAGUGUGAUGUUUAAAAGACCGGGCUCCACAAGGCUGCCAUCAGCCUGGUCACUUUGUCUGGAUUGUCCGGCCUGGAGCCCCAAACUAACAGUAAUUCUCAGACUAAAGCACUACCAUGACCCAGCACCUGCCCUGUCUUGUGUUUGGAGGCAGAAAUUGAAAUGUUGACACAGAGCUCCAAGGUGGCUGCCUGAGCUGUAUUUGGGUGGCUCCCAGAUCAGACAGUCAAGAGUGGUACUCAGAUGUGGUCCAGGAGGAGGAGGACAGAGCAGCUGGCUGUUUCCGAAUGUGAGGGUUGCGUUGGGGGGAGGGCCUGGGCGUCCUGUCACUGCGUCUGCAAGAGCAGCUCCAGGUGGAGGGACGUCCUCUAUCACUCAGGAAGCCCAGCCAAGGGUACCUUCUCCUUGAAAGAAUGUGCUUUUCACGUCCUGCUGUGAAGUUCAGAGGCCAGCAGGCUUCCCGCGAGACCUCUGUCCUCCCUGGGCAGAUCUGGGCAGGCCAGGAGAGAGCUCGGGAGCCACGUGAGGGGGGCGCCAAGUUUGGAUCCAUUCAGAGGCUCCCGCUGGUUCUGGAGGCCUGUGACGGUGCUCCGGGGUGGCCAUCCCCACCUCAGCCUCACUGAUGGAGGAUGGAAGUGGGGUCCUUUCCCUGCCACCAGAGGUGCCACCGCCUCUGCCACGGGUCAGCUGCUCCCUGUCUGUGCUCCAGCCCUGUCAAGAGACCCUCGGCGGCACCCCUCAGCCUCCCCAGAAAAUGUGUUUACAGGCCUUCCCAUCACUCUCUCCCUUCGUUUCCCCUGGGAGGUGGGAAGAGAACGCCGCCUUCCCCGGGAUGAACUUGAGGUCAUCCUUCAAAAGGGGAGGACCACCACGGGGAGAAAACUCCAUGCAGGCUCUCGGAGAGUCCCAUGCUCAGCCUCACCCCGGUUCCUGUGCCUUUGUAAACCGCCUAGGUGGCCGCAGAGCUUGGCCCAGCCACCUCUCCGAAAUCAGUAGCUUUCUCCCUACCCCUUGCUGGGAGGUUUUUUUGUUUUAACUCCGUGGGAUGUAAAAUUGGCCUCUUGCUUCUCUGGCCUACCUCUCCCUCUCUCCCUUUGGCAGGUUUAAUGUUCAUGAUUCUGUUUUGUUAAAUAUUUAAGGCUGUUAGGUUGUGUGAGGCGUUGAAGGUUUUGUGUGUGUGUCUGUGUGUGUGGCGGGGGGGGUCACAGCAGACGGUUAACUAGAUGCAUGUUUUGUUUUGAAGUAUUUACUUAAAUCCAUUUCUCUUGGUGCUCACCAUUAUCACGGCUUUCGGGCCACAAGGCUGUAUCUCUUAUUACAGACACGGUUGUUUCUUGCUUCGGAAGUUUUCUUAUUUUGGAUUCUUGCCUGAUUAGUCUGGCCAGACAGGAGCCUAGCUUUGACCUCUGUCCUGGGGUCCCAGGCUGGAGUGCAGGCCAACGGGGCCCCUUUGCCAGCCGCCUCCAGUGGACGCUGCGGUUUGUUUACACUCCCUUUCACCCCCACUCCUGUCCCUGCUCCCAUGAAAAUGCUGACACUUUGGAGAAUAAGAAAAUGAAUUUCAAGAGGGAAAAAAAAGCUUGUCUAGCACAUAAAUUUCUGAAAGUGUUUCUGUGAAAUCUUUCUGUGCCAUCAGCUCCCUUCCCACUGCGGGUUGCUCUUUGACGACAACUGGGAAAUACAGGGAGAGCGGGGCUUUCUGAAGCUGGCUGGCCCAUCCCUCCCUCGGUUUCAGGCGGGUUACACGCCAACUGUCACCCCCCAGGAGGCCCCCCAACCAACGCAUCACGUGGUUUUUCAUGGCACAGGGGAAGCUGUCCCAGCGUCAGAGGUUGGUUUGAUGUGAGCACUGGCUUUUGUUGGGGAGGGACUGUCAGGGCUGCGGUGUCCCUGAAGCCAGUGCAAGGGGAAGGGGUGCUUUGCGGUGCCCGCGUGGCCUUGCACACUCAGCUCCCUCCACUUCCUGUCCUUGUGACCUGACGCAGCCUCCCCUUUCUAGACAGAGGUCAGCCCUUGAGGGGUUUUUUCCUCCCUCUGGCCAAUAGGAGUAGAAAGUUAGAUUCUUUUUUUUGUUUUUCUGUCUUUUUAGGGCUGCACCCGCGGCAUAUGGAGGUUCCCAGGCUAGGGGUCUAAUUGGAGCUACAGCUGCUGGCCUACACCACAGCCACAGCAACUCGAGAUCUGAGCCAUGUCUGUGACCUGCAGCACAGCUUAUGGCAGCACUGAAUCCUUAACCCACUGGGUGAGGCCAGGGAUCAAACCUGCAACCUCAUGUUUCCUAGUCGGAUUUGUUUCCACUGCACCACAGUGGGAACUCCUAGAAAAAUUAGAUUCUUAAGGGACCUGGCACCCCAGUAUGGUGCUAAACCCCUCUGUCCCUCCCCAGGUCUAGGGGUGUGGUGGCCUGAUCUUGGGAGGCCUACUGCCAGGAGGGGGUCCCCACCUCCCCUCUCAUAUGCAGUCCUGGCCAGCCUGACCUGGCAUGGUGCUGGCUGACUGCCCCACGUCAGUUCUUUUAUCUCAUCCGGGGUCAGCUCUGGGUGGGCAGCCUUGGCACAGCACCCCUAUGCUCUUCCCCUCCCAUGGUCAUCUAGCUCUGCCUGCGUCUUUUGUCUCUCUCACGGCCCCAGGCCCCUAACUAAGCUGAGUAUAGCUGCUCUCCUCUCUCUGGUGGAGGAAUUGCCUUUCCCUAGAGAUGCCUUGCUUCCGCUGAUUGAUUUGCUGCAGGUGAAACCCGCCCGGUCUGCUGCUUGUCGGAGCCACUUUGCAAAGUGCUUCCUCUGCAGUGGCCUUGACAACGAGGAAGGGAGCUGGCGAGCCCUGAGGUGGGUGCGCAGCAGUGGUGGGCCAUGGUUUUUGGCUCGAUGUCCCUGAUGCCUUGUAUAUUAAAGAUUUUCACCACAUCUGAACAUAGACAGCAGGAGAGGAGAGCAGGGGUAGAGGAGUUUGGACCUUCAACACGCGUGUUUCCGUGGUUUCCAUCACCUUGACCUGCUGGGCAGGCAGGUUUGGGGAGCGGAGGGGCUCUGGGAGCAGAGACAGGCCCCAGAACCCCCAGCUGCGCCCACACCCCCUCCAUCACCUGCCCCAUUGUCUUUCCCUUCUGAGGCCUUGGCUUUCCCAGCUCACCACGUGGGGGCCGUUCCUGUCGAGGCUUGUAAAAAUCAGCCUUUGAGAAAGAAAAGGGAACUUUUCCUGUUGAAUGUUGGCUCUGUGUGUGUGUGUGUGUGUGCGUGUUUGUGGGUGUUUUUAAUGGAUUUUAUUUUUGUGAAAUACCUUGACAAUUAUGUAGCAAAAUUCGCUUUUAUCUCCCAGUCAACCUUUUGGUUCCAGAGUCAACCCUGGGUGUCGCUAAUUGGAAGAAUUCUCUCCUGGGUAUGUGAACAGAGAGGUGCCAUCCUCAAGAGUUGAGGUGGUGGAGAGGGUUGGGAGAAACUGAAGUUCGAUACAUUUCCAUAAAGUUUCCUUCCUGCAGUUAAAAGGUAGGAGACAUGGAGCCGAGGCUGUGUGUCCCCGAGGGAACUGGCACGAGGCCCCUCCCUCGGCGCCCUUGCUGCUGCUUUAUCUGAAUCUGUUCACACUCGUGUUUGUGGGCUUCUUCUGUAACGCCACAGCUGAAACAGCACGUUCUUUUCCUUUUUCUGCUUUCAGUUCAUUGUGUAAAUGGUUCAUUUUUUUCUCUUGUGAGCUCCGGUGACUGUGUCAGGGCUUCUGUAGCAAACAGUCACCCCUCGUGGGCAGAAAAACAAAACCCAAGAAGAGUCUUGCUCACCGGAGGCCCCAAGCCUCAGGCCUGCGCCAUCCAGAGCAAGGCCGUUUAUGCUCCGCUGUUGAGAAGCACCUUUCCACCAGCUGUAUUCAACACUACAAUGCAGUUUGAAAACUAUAUUUGCAUCCAAGACAAUAAAAGGCCAUAUUUUUUGAAAACCCU